AUGAUUCCCGUAGAGUUGAUAGCGAGCGCCGAGGAUAUCUUUCUUAGGCUCCUUACCGAGUGUGGGAGCGUAGAGGCCGACCGGCUUAUCAAUUCCCUGAGACAGACGUACUUUGGUGUCGGCAUGCAGCGCACAGGCGAUGCACCAAUCCAUCUAGUUGAUGGCGCAGUCACCGCCCGCACGGAUGCAGGUACAGACGCUGGCGUUUACCCCGCAGUACCCACUGAUGUAACCGUAGCGCAGCUCGAUGCCGACACCAGCGACCCCUACAUUGAUCCUUACACCAACAGUGAGGCAUAUACAUUCACGUUUACUGAUCAUGGCGCCACUGGAGAAGCCGUUGGAGAGGCCACGGGACAACCCACAAGAGAAGUUGUACAGGAAGAGUCGUACUGUAGUCCGGGCGGUCUCACGGAGCAUCCGGACCCUUCAAGCAAUCAUGACGACCUUCCCUCGCUAGAAGAAUGGUUGCAGGACGAUUUUGAUCUUGAUAAUCUGCUCGACGAUGGCCUGAGAGAAGAGCCGUUGGCGUCUCACGUGAAAGACCUGGUCAGCUCUCCAGCGCCAAAGGUAACUCUUGAUACUUUAGUGACGGACAUAACAGACGUUACAAAGGAUAAUCUGGAUAACACUACAGAUUCUUCAAACGCUACAUUUGUUACAGACGUUACACGAGAAGCAACGCCUGGAGGCGCGCACAAGAUAGAUGACUGCAAUGCCUUCCUCGGGGCCGCACCAAAAGUCUCUGAUGGACCCUCUGCUGGAACUGCAUCUACCACCCCUUCUAGAAAAUCAACUAGGACCUCACAUAGAAACCCACCUAAACCCAUCAUUGAGAGCCGAACGCGUUCGACUCGUUCCGGUCGUUCUGCAAAGACAAAAUGUCGGACUCGAACGAGCCAUUCGGUAGGCGCCCGUCAAGUUGACAGACUCCUCACGCUUCGCGAGCACUGGGAAUGUUUGCGGUCCAUCGGCCUCUUCCAUACCGCACCUCGUGAGAUCCUGCGGUGGGAUGCGGACGCGAUGCAGACGCAGUCCAUGUCUGAUCUGUUUCGCGGCUAUGAUCACGUCCUGGACCAGGUAGGAAAGACGGAUGCCCUCCAACCCUGGCGGCGGGCCGUGGCGCAAUACCGCACACUGCAGUGA